AUGUCACGACGGGCAUUGCUCGUACGGCUGGUCACUCUUCCUGACCGGCCGGGAACGCGCGUGUACAAUGGCGGUGGCUGUGUUGUAGUCCCACUGCCGUACCACCUCCAUGCCGUGGUAUUUUUGCAACCUCGAACUGAUGCCAACUUGUCAAGCAGAGACCUUCUCGCCGCAACCUCGACUUCUGGAUUCGUCUGGAAGAGGCUUGCAGAGGUCUAUUCUGCAUCGCAGUCCGACGUGUCGCUGCACUGCAAAUAUGGUACCUUGUGGUUCGGUCUCGCAGCCCUCGGAAUGCGAGGAAACCAAGAUGAAACGAAGACUUCACUGGAUGUUAGCCUGAGGCACCCGCCACUGCGACCGCCGCGCCGAGGAUCCACACGGGUGAUGGGUGGCAACGAUUGGCUUUCGGAGAGUUCACCAGCGGGGUCUAACCGCUGCAGGAAGGUCUAUUUGUCUUCUCUGACGGUGGAUACUCGUGGAUCUGUCACUGUGCGGUCUUCGCUGCCGCAUUGGGCGGCGGUGCAGACGCGCGAGCUUCCACGGCGCGCUUGUGGCGCGCUCUGGUUCAGAUGGGCGCGUCCGCAGUCGGCGGAGCGCCGCGCGUACGGAGAAGUGCGGCCCACGGCAGUGCAGUCCUGCACGACUCGUAGAAGGGUUGAUUUCCUCGGAUGGGCAAGAUUGACAUCCUGUAGCGAAGGGGCACGUAUCAUGUCCAAAUACCACAAGCCACUUCCUCGGGCGCUGACCCGCUGAUUGCUUGAACUUUGAAUGGACUCGAGCCUGUCUCAACGUGACAGUUGGACAACGUCUUCGUGAUUGUCAAUCAAACCGCAGAGCUUCGCGCAUCGCUUCUGUUUUCUCCGCUCAAUUGGCCCAUUGGUCAAGCCCGCACAUGCAUUCAGGUGAGGGCACGUUGCGAGACGCCGUCGUUGCGGAUAAAAGGCGGCGCGAGCAGCAAGGAUUCCCCA